AUGAAAACCGCCCGGGAAUUACAAAACUUUGAAGUUGUCCGCGCCUUGUAUCUCCGUGAUUUUAUCAAGGAGAAGGAUGAAACAAUUUUCAACUACGAAGGAGGUCAACAAUUACGAACUGGCUCGUGUGGCCGAAAAAAAGCUAACGUUGCCCAAGUUAAUAAGGAUACUCUUUUAAAGGAUGUCGAGCACGCUCAACAAGAGCUCGAAGCCGCUAGAGCCGAAAAACCCAUUCAUGGCCUCUAA